CAAUCAUUAACGAGAGUGCUCUGGCCUCUGGCUAGCUAUCUCGUCCGGUCCUGCAUCAGGUCGUAGAUAUAGUGGGGAUAGUUUUGUUGUUGGUCUGGAAAGAAGAGAGGGAAAAAAAAAGAUCCAUGGCGACGGAGGAGGCCGGCCGUGCCCUGGCGACGAAGGCGAAGCUGGUGGCGGCGGUGCUGGUGCUGGAGCUGCUCGUCGCGGGCUUCCACGUCGUGUCGAGGGCGGCGCUCGACAUGGGCGUCAGCAAGAUGGCGUUCCUCGUCUACCGGAACGCCGCAGCCCUGCUCGUGGUCGCCCCCGUCGCCUACUUCCUCGACAAGAAAGAUAGGCCGCCCUUCACGCUACGCUUGCUGAUGGACUUCUUCUUGCUGGCUGCAGUCGGGGUAACCUUCACACAGGGGCUCUACAUCCUCGGCCUGUACUACCUGUCACCAACCUACGUCUCUGUCAUCCAGAACUCAGUCCCUGCGAUCACCUUCGUCAUGGCCGCUAGUUUGAGAAUCGAACAGGUAAAUGUGAGGAGCAGAUACGGGCUGGCAAAGAUGCUAGGCACGGUGGUCACCAUAGCGGGGGCAACCGUCAUAACCCUCUACAAAGGGACGCCAUUAUUGACAGAAACAGCUCAUGCAGAGGGCACCACGCACACGCUGGAAGGCACCCACACGCUCGGAGGAUGGGUCGCAGGAUGCCUCAUCAUGUUCGCGAACUGCAUUUGCUUGUCUGCGUGGAUGGUUCUGCAGGUCCCGGUUCUGAAGAAAUACCCAGCUAAGCUGUCGUCUUUCACCAUCACUCUGGCGUUGGGUUUCGUCCAGCUCGCUGUCGUCGCGCCGUUUUUCGAGAGCGACGUUGAGAGGUGGAAGAUCAGCUCAGGAGGCGAGCUUUUCACCAUCCUGUAUGCUGGCGUUGUGGUGCUUGGAAUCGCCUGGUAUCUCAUGAUCUGGUGCAUAAACAAAGGAGGGCCUCACUUCGUUUCCGUCUUCCAGCCACUGCAAACCGUCAUGGUCGCCAUCAUGGCCGCCAUCUUCCUUGGCGACACACUCUACAUUGGAGGAGUCAUAGGUGCGGUGAUCAUAGUCGCGGGUCUGUACUGUGUACUGUGGGCGAAGAGCAAGGAGACCAAAAGCAGCGGCGAUCUCCUAGUCCUUCCUGAAAGAAGCCCCGCGCAGCAGAAUCUCCUCCAGCGUGAAGAUUGAAGCGAGACCACUCACUGUACUGUACGGUUCUCGGCCGGCUGUAGCUGCCCCAACAAGAAAUAUGGGGGUGUUUGGUUUGAGAAAUCACUUCAUCCAAAAUGUGGUGGUGC